CCAGUGACAGACACGGCCAUGGCCCUGAGAGGACCUUGCCCUUUGCUCUUCCUGAACCUGGUCCUGCUGGUCACCGGCCUGGCCCAGAUCAUCAGCCCACCCGACAGCUACCAAAACUUUGUGAACGAACACGUUGAUUUCCCCAAGACCAGACCCCCCAAGGGCCAGAGCUACUGCGACCACAUCAUGCAGUGCAUGUGCCAGAACAUGGCUGCCUGCAAACUCACCCACACCUUCAUCCACGCCCCCGCCAGCCGACUCCGGACCAUCUGCAAUAGCAGAGGGAGAUGCAACCUAUACAAUGAAUGUGACAGCAACGCAGCCUACCCCGUCACCACCUGCUGGCUGAACAGACCCCCCCGCCUACCAAGCUGUGUCUACAGGGGAAUACCCCAGAUCCGCAGGAUCCGCGUGGCCUGUAUCUGGGGGCUGCCCAUGCUCUUCCUCAGAGUUGUGGAGAACCCAGAUACCCCUGGGCUCAGCCAGCACCAGAUCCCCCUGUGCCUGGCACUCCCCCCGCCCCCUAGACCCAGCCAGUCCAGCCUGUCCCGGAUCGUCCUGGACCCAGCCUGCUCUGGAUCCUGCUCUGGAUCCCAGAUCCUCUCGGCCCAGUGA